AGGUACACUGCUUCGUUAAUUCCAGGAGCAUACAAAGAUAGACACAGCAAAAUCGACGAUGAAUGACACAACGAAGACUUUGAGCAAUGACUUCUCCGGGAUGACUGAGGCGACAAUAUUUUCGUUGAACAUCACGAUGAACGGUACGGACGAUGAAAGCGGUGGAGCCGAGGUGAUGUCAGAUCGAGUUGCGGGACUCCGACUGGCAAAUCAGAUAUUGUUGACCAUUAUCUCGCUUUCGAUGAUGGUUGGAAUGGGCUGUGCCAUUACUUUCAAGGAACUUUGGUGCCAUACGCGGCGACCGUGGGGUGUAUUGAUCGGCAUUUUCUGCCAGUACGGCAUUCUACCACUCGUUUCCUUCGCACUAGCUCACUUACUUAGCCUCAAUCCCGCAUAUGCUAUCGGCAUGUUAGUUGUGGCCUGUAGCCCCGGUGGUCUGGCAUCGAAUUUGUUAACUUACUGGAUCGAGGGAGAUGUCUCACUUAGUAUAUGCAUGACAACUGUUUCGACGUUCGUGGCGUUCGGCAUGAUGCCGCUGUGUCUGUUCAUAUACAGUCGUAGUUGGGCCAACCAAGAUGGCGUACCAUCCAUCCCAUACAUGGACAUCAUCAUCGCAUUGGUUUCUAUUAUCCUCCCAGUCGUUGUUGGAGUCUUUAUUCGUCAUAAAUGGGAGAAGAAAGCCGGACUUGUUAGCAGGAUUGGUGGUAUUCUUGGUCUUGUUGGCAUUGUCAUCAGUUUGAUUAUCCAAGGGAUGAUGAGCACCGCGCCAUAUCGGUCACCAUGGCAACUGUGGUCUGCCGCCUUCUUCAUGCCAAUCAUCGGGUACAGUUUCAGCUACCUGUUCGCCAAGAUUUGCAAACUACCAGUCCGCCAGCGUCGCACCAUUGGCAUCGAAACGGGUAUGCAGAACGUCGCCGUCGCUCUAACCGUCAUGGCUUUAUCCUUCCGCGAUGCUGGUCCCAUGGUGAAAGUAUUCCCUUCUAUCUACACCCUUGUUCAGUCAUUAUUCGUAUUGGUAACCGUUCCUAUAGCCGUACUGCACAAGCGUGUAUUAUCCAAAUAUAAAAUAAAGAUAUCACUCGUUCCACGUGAACCUAAACCAAGUAAAGAAAAGAUAAAUGACAAGGAAGCCGUUGACGAAGAAGAACCGGAUAACUUAAAGAUGGAAAGUGGAAGCAUAUCGAUAUCGAGAGGAGACAUGAAAGGCAACUAUAAGAUUGCCAGCUCACUAGACGAAUUCGUCAUUGAAGACUUAAAAGCAUCAAAAGACUUGAGUGAAUCGCAUGUGUAGUUGUUUGAACGAGACUUUGUUUAAAAAACUGCUUGAAUUCUGCAGGACAUGCAGAGUGUUAGAUGAAAGGUGUUAGCGCUGCCUAUCGUCAGCGUCAUGCUCCAAUUUGUGCUUAUAUCGCCCUCAGUGUUCAUAAUAACAACGCAAAAUUAGACGCAAUUCACAUUUGGAUACGUUUAGAUUUUAUGCAUAUCUUUUUUUGGAAAUCAUGCCAUGCCAAAUGAAUUGAAAUCAAUACAAACUUACUAAACACUGUACGUCAGUAUACAAUGCACGCAUGUAUCGCGUAGUGUAAACCCAUUCGUUGUUCACAUCGCAGUAAGACGUCAAACUAUCAUUGGCAAUGCAAAGACAAUUAACAUUUUAUUUUAUUUAUUUUAAAUGUUUUAGACGUAAUCUGUCCUAUUAUUUAUUGUCAUUAACGACGAAUAGAUAUUGCUCGUUUACAUCGGAGUUUAUAACAGUUAGGUUACUCGUGAACCGGUUGUCAUGGUUUUCACCUGAUAUAAACUGUAGUUUAUUUUUGGUUAUUUUGUAAACGUUACGCAGUUCAGACUAUGAGUUUCAUUGUUGAACUUGAAAUAUCGAACUAUCUUGUUGUCACCAAUGUUCGAUUUCCAAAUUAGGUGAUUUUGACUUCGUAUGACAACACGCUAGGAAAUGUGGAAUGUACGUGUUUUAUUUUUUCCCCAUUUUUUACCGAAAGUCAUUUUCUUCACCUAAGCUGCCAGGGUAGUGUUUUCCCAUUUGCCACAUGCACUACGCCGUCACCGCCAUGCUAAACUUAUUUUGUUGUUGGAAUUUCCUUUUGAAUUUACUUGAUUUUGUACAUAAACGCAUAUUUUACAGAAGUAAACUUGUGAAAGUUUUGUAA